CUGGGAACGAUACUCGACGCAUUAAUGCACUUCAAUAUAAUCAAUGAGUUCACCAUUAGGGGCUCGAGCAAGACAUUUAUUAGCUCACCUCAGAAAAACAGAAACUAGCAUGUGUGUCUGUGACGUAGCAAGCGCUCUGGACCUGUUGCGCGCGGAUGAGCAGCUCAUUACUCGAGCGCUCAUGGAGAGAACAGGUCCAUUCCUGAUGAAACGAGCUGAAUAGCUCAACCGUUUUACUGAAGAAAACACUUGAACUAGAUCUAGACAUUUGCUGGAGUCUUGGGUACAGAUUUCACUUAAAUAGUUGUCGGAAUGUGAUUGUUUUAGCCAAACUAAGCAAAAAAAAAUUAUGUGCGCACGGCAGCAUUACUUCUUAACGUGAAGUCUUUAGACUGGAACUGAGGAUGAAGUGAUGUCCAGACUUUCGAUUUUGGAUUUAAGUCAAAGAGACUUUCAGUCAUCAAAUAUCACUAUUGUUCACUGAAAAGGAGACGAGUAGCUUGUGGAAGAGCUCCUGGCACCCAGAGGACCGUGCACUGAGUUUGAGCCCCCCUGGUGACCACAUUUGCGCCUUUAUCCAAACAUGGCAACCCAAGAGCCGAUAUACAACACAUCCCUCUCAAACCAAACCACCAAUUCCUCCAGUGACCCUAAUGAAAAUCUGCUGGCUGAAGAAGAAAGCACUAAAGCCCUGGCUGUGAUCUACCUCGUGGUGUUCAUCGUGGGUCUGACAGGAAACUCUCUGGCCAUUUUUGUAGUUCUCCGCUACACCAAAAUGAAGACGGUCACCAACAUGUACAUCUUAAAUCUAGCCGUGGCUGAUGAGCUGUACAUUCUGGGACUCCCGUUUCUCACCACCCACAAUGUGCUCUCUUACUGGCCCUUCGGAAACUUCCUCUGCCGUAUCCUGAUGUGGGCCGACUCCAUCAGUCAGUUCACCAGCACAUUCUGCCUGACAGUAAUGAGCAUUGAUCGCUACAUGGCUGUGGUGCAUCCUAUCCGUAGUGCCAGGUGGCGGAGACCCAGCGUUGCCAAGGUUAUAAAUAGCAUGGUAUGGGCCCUUUCGUGUCUGCUAACGCUGCCAGUCAUUAUUUAUUGUGACGUCCAGCCGGGACUCAACACCUGCAACCUGAGCUGGCCUGAGCCUCGUGACGUUUGGUCCACAGCUUUCAUCCUCUACACCGCCAUAUUGGGAUUCUUCUGCCCACUGCUAGUUAUUUGUCUAUGCUACCUGCUAAUCGUGAUCAAAGUUAAAUCCGCCAGCGCACGAGCCGGACUCUCAAAGCGCCGUAAAUCUGAGAAGAAAGUGACUAGAAUGGUGGUGAUCAUCGUUGUUGUGUUCGUAAUUUGCUGGCUGCCGUUCUUCAUGCUGAACAUCUUCAAUCUGGUGGUCACCCUUCCAGAAAAUAACAUCAUCACCGGCGUUUAUUUCCUCACGGUGAUCCUGACAUACGUUAAUAGCUGCGCCAAUCCGCUGCUCUACGGAUUUCUGUCGGACAACUUCAAGAGGAGCUUCCAGAAGGUCUUGUGCAUCCACAGGGUCAACGGGGUCAGCGAUGAACAUCCCAACCGCGCUCGGAUUAGCAGGAACCAUCAGGAGCCGUUCUUUCCUCCGAGAAGCUUCGAUUAUAAUGACCACGUCCAGAGCUAUCAAGUCAAAGCCAUGACAACUCAGUCAUCAGAUUAUGAAAGCCAUCUUCAGAGAAGUGAUUCAGGACCAUAAACACUAAACGACCAGUCUAUUGGUUUGGAUGCCGAGCACUGCGCCAAACCUGAAAACCACCAUCCGGGACCACAAGUGAUCAGCCAGUCCAUCUAAAAGCCAGCGUUGUCCAACUGAAGACAUUCCUGCAUACAAACAGUACUGUGUUUAAAUGGAGUUUAUUUAUAAAGUUAUUGUUGACUAAGCCUAGAUCAAACACUCUCUGGUGCACACACAAAGAAACUACAUUGCCAUAUUGUUAUCAUUUAUGUAAAUAUCUUUCAUGUAAAUAUGUAUUAUAUUUGCUCAUCAUUUUGUUCAGCAUGACUGAAAAAAAAACAUUUGGACCACUUUUGCUGUUACAACUUGAUAGAUUGUUGAUAUUUGGUGGUGGUGUUUUUGUGGAUUUCUGGAUUGAGUAUACACAAAUCCAUUUCAUAUAUAUAGAACUUGGAGGAAAUGCCAGCUAGCCUGCUGUAUUUAUUAAAGACAUAUUUUUGUUGAUGAUGGAUGAAGCUCCAUGUCUGAAGCAGAUAACAAACAAUUGCCCAGAAGAUCUUCAGAGCUGAAAUGAAAUGCACAGGCAGAAUUUGGGUGUUUGUUCUUGUUCUUCUUGGGUUUAAAAAAGGGAUACUUGUAUUAAGCUAUAUUAGUCUUUGUGUUUAUUUUACUCCUAAUAAACCUGAGAUACAGUCUAAC